GAGAUUGGGGAGCGUCGCCGCCUCCUAUCCCCAACUGGGUUGGACCCAACCGGCUCGCGCCGUGGCGAGGGUGGGGGUGCCUCGUGUGUGCGUCACAAAGGUGCGCUGCUGCCGGGCUGGUGUGCGACGAGCGCUGCGUAUGACGCGCCGUGACGCAGUUGCCGAAAGCGCCGCCCGGAGACGGAGCCAGUCCGGAGCGGCCGGCAGGCAGUAUACAUGAAGCUGCAGUGUCAUACCUGAUAUGACGGACCCGGACGUCCUCACUGAGGUCCCAGCAGCUCUGAAACGCCUUGCCAAGUAUGUGGUGCGUGGUUUUUAUGGCAUUGAACAUGCUUUGGCUUUGGACAUCCUCAUCCGGAAUCCCUGUGUAAAGGAGGAGGACAUGUUAGAGCUGCUGAAGUUUGAUCGGAAGCAACUGCGAGCAGUUCUCAACACCCUCAAGGGGGACAAGUUCAUCAAAUGCAGGAUGAGAGUGGAGACAGCUCCAGAUGGCAAAACCACCAGGCACAACUACUACUUCAUCAACUAUCGCCUGCUGGUCAAUGUGGUGAAAUACAAACUGGACCACAUGAGGAGGAGAAUUGAGACAGACGAGAGAGACUCCACCAAUCGUGCCUCCUUCAAAUGCCCUAUUUGUUUUAGCACCUUCACAGACUUGGAGGCCAAUCAGCUGUUUGAUCCCAUGACAGGAACCUUCCGCUGUACCUUCUGUCAAAAUGAAGUGGAAGAGGAUGAGUCGGCAACGCCCAAAAAGGAUGCCCGGACUCUUGUGGCAAGGUUUAAUGAGCAGAUUGAGCCAAUCUAUGCACUCCUACGGGAGACUGAGGACAUUAACUUGGCCCGUGAAAUUCUUGAGCCAGAACCCACAGAGAUUCCUGCACUGAAACAGAGCAAGGAACGUGCUGCUGCAGCUGCAGGAGCAGCUGGCCUAGCAGGUGGACACCAUCGGGAAGCAUGGACUACAAAAGGACCAUCAUAUGAAGACUUGUACACCCAGAAUGUUGUCAUCAGCAUGGAAGACCAGGAGGAUCUUAAUCGGCCAAUGAAUGAAGGGAAACCAGCCAGAGAGAGGCCAAUUUGGCUCCGGGAAAGCACGGUGCAGGGGGUUUAUGACCCAGACGAGAUCAAAGAUGGUGGUCAAGACAUGGAUACAUUUCAGGAGCGGGAGGAGGGCCGGGCGGCCCCAGACAAUAACGAGGAGGUGAUGCGCGCUCUGCUUAUCCAUGAGAAGAAAACCCCCUCUGUCUCUGCAGCUGGUGUGGGGGGGGCUGCUCCCUUAGCCAACCCCAAUGCGAGCGACUCGGAGAGCGAUACCAGCGAAUCAGAAGAGGAAACCCCACCCCGCCUGCCUGCUACCACAGCUUCGCUGUAUGGGCUCGAGGAUGAAGAUGAGGAGGAGUUUGAAGUGGUGGCAGAGGACCCCACUGUCAUGGUGGCUGGACGUCCAUUCUCUUAUAGUCAAGUGAGCCAGCGGCCUGAGUUGGUGGCCCAAAUGACCCCGGAGGAGAAGGAACUGUACAUAGCCAUGGGGCAGCGUAUGUUUGAGGAUAUGUUUGAUUAACCCUUUCCCUCCGCAACAGCUUUUAAAGGUGAAUUUUAACAGGAGACACCCUAAUGAAACAGCAUCGCUCCCUUCCCUGCACAGUCUCAUGCACGGGCUUGGGGGAUUAGAACACCUCACUGACUAAAGGGACUGCUGAUCUCAGGCCUCCCGCACACCGGAGGAGGGUACAAUUAACUGGGUGUGCUGAAAAGGGAGGGAACCCAGGUGGCUGAUGGAGCAUAUGGAUUUUUUUAUCAGGUGAGAGAGCUUGCAAGGUAAAACUUACUUGCUGCUGCUUUAGCCCAGCUUCCUUUUUCCUGGUGUUGAUUUUUUUAAUAGAAAGCCAGAGAUCAGAUUUUGGUGCAGUCCAGUUCCCUCUCCAUGGAGUAUUUGGAUGCUCUGUGCUUUGAUCAGGCCUUGCUUCCUGGUGUUACAGAAUCAGAAGUAAAAGCCACGCCGGGGGGCGGGCGUUGGAUGCUGAGACAGGCUGCAAAUGAAGUUGUUCUAUGGACCUGACCUGAGUCUUUUUACAGUGGCUAAACCUCUCAACAAGGUUUAUAGCCCCAGCUUCCUCAGAGUGACCAAAGAUGCUUGGCUUCAACCAUGUAUUUUGGCCAAGUCAUGUUUGAGAUUAUUGUCCAACAUGGCUAGGGAGCCCUGGAGUGGACAGCUGGUGAUCAUGGUUGUAACUGAGGAUGUAAAUGGGAGAUUGCUUUCUGGUGGGGAGAAGGAUGGGAGACAGUCUCUGGAAAGAGGAGUACCGAUCUCUAGAUGAUGCUCAUUUGAAAGACUGUCAGUAGUUAAUGCCUUAACUACUACUGUCCAGUUUCAAUCUCCAGUCUUUAGCAAACAGGGAUUGCAGUCCUCUGUGAAAAGAUAGGUCUCCCCUCGCCUGCCUCCCUCUUCCAUGCCCCCGCCUUCCAUGCCCAUCUGUUGGAAUUUUCAAAUACGAGAUCUAAGGAGUGUGCUCAUAGUGUGUGUUGAUUUCAAUGGAAGCUUUGGGUGCUCGGCACCUCAGGGACAGAUAAUAACCUAAGCACCCAAAUUUAAAAGUCUUGGCUUAUUGUAAGUAUAAUGAAACCCUCAGAAGGAACUGAACAGGAAGAGCAUUCUCUGGAUAGGUCACAGAACCUUCAAUAUACUGUUACUAGCAGUCACCUCACCUUAUCCCCUUUUAAGCCCCAAUAAUACAGUCUGAGCUUACAAUAGAUGGGCUGUCAGCCAGGCAAUACCAGGGAACACAUAGCUAGUUUUAAUUUCACUAACACCCAAAGAUUUGUAUCAUUUAAAAAGGAAUUAUGCAGAGUUCUGAAUUCUGCUAUUUAGCCUGGCACUGUCUGUUUAAAUAAAAACAUUUUACCAGUACCUAUAGCAAUAUCAUAUUUGUAAUGUUAUCUUAAAAGUGUUACUUUUUUAAAUAAUUGUGUUUUCUUAUCCAGUGCUCUGAUGAAACAAGUGAUAAAAGGAUUUUGCAUUUAAAGGCGGUAUCAAGCGCUGUUUGAUUUACAUGACUGGUACAGAUUUGCCGAGCAUUUAAACUGUAAAGCUAUUUUAUACUGACUAGCCUUGUAUGCUUCCUUUGUGGUUUUAUUUUCAGCAUCUUGCUAUUUUACCCUUUUUUAAAAAUAGUGUGGUAACUUUGUUGUCAUUUUUUAAAAGAAAUUAAUAAAAUGAUGCUUCUGUCCUGGGUUGCCAUUUCAAU